AUGGCUUAUCACUAUACCCCAUCUUUUUUCUUGUUAUUAAUUGUGACUUCAUCUUUAACAAGCAGCUAUAUAAUUCUAGUAGAAGCACGCAAUCUUCUUGAAGUAAGUAUGCCUGAGCUUCCUAAGCCCGAAUUGCCACAUUUACCGGAAAUCCCAACUUUGCCUAAGCCUGAAUUCCCUGAAAUUCCAAAACCGGAGCUGCCAACUUUGCCAAAGCCCGUAUUGCCAGAAAUCCCAAAGCCAGAGUUGCCAACAUUGCCAAUGCCUGAACUGCCAAAGUUGCCCAAACUCGAGAUGCCUGCCAUUCCUAAGCCUGAAUUUCCAACUUUGCCAAAAUCAGAAAUCCCUGAAGUACCCAAAAAGCCUUGA